CAAAGACAGCAAGAUGGCAACGGCAUGCGGCAUCAUUCAAGGUCGAAGUGGCACACAGGUCAUCUUCCACAACAACAGCACUAACAACCACCAUGGCAGCUCCCAGCAAAGCAACGAAUCUCCAAGAGCUGGAGGAGACUGUGAGUCGACUGAGCGGCCACAAGGGAGUCGAAGCCGUUCUGAUGCUGAAUCGAGACGGAAACAUUUUGGUCUCUUCGGGCAGCACCAACGAAAACUUUGCCCCUCCCAAGCAAGCCAAGUUAAUCAAGCAAUUGGUGGAAACAUCUCAAAAGUUUAUCCAUGCGUUGGAUCCCAAUGAUGCCGUUAGUUUUGUCCAGAUCCGAUCGAAGCAACACGAAAUCAUGCUGGCACCGCAUAACGAUUACAUCUUGGCCGUCCUACAAGAUCCACUGGUGGCAUCGGCGCCGGCAAUAUAACGAGUCACUGCGAGAUAUAUUCAUCAUGAUAAUGUUUGGAUAGUCGUCAUGUGAAAAAGUGGACGUUGGAUGAGAAGACGAGCAUCGGUUUAUUUUUAAUGAAUUGGAUCCAUUAUCGUUUGGAGUGCGGUAUACCGGUACCCCCCAUUGAAGCAGUUCGUUGUACUCAAGUUGGACUGGUUGGAAAUGAAAAACAACAAUACUCGACCUGGUUGUGUACAGAUAUCAAUGUCUAUAGCACACAAUUUAAUUCACCCUUGCUUAUCAUCAUCGAUGGCGAUACGAAUCUACUGCUACUGCAUGUACGUGUAUUAUUUAGAAUGGUGG